AUGGCACAACUAGGAACGCUGUGCUUGAUACUCACCAUUGUCAGUGUUAGGGGCAAUGCCGAACUGCCCGAGGUGCACCUUGAUAGCGAGGCCAAUUUCGUUGAUCCACAAGGACGCAUUAUUCUCUUUCAUGGCUUCAACUCUGUCUACAAGGAACCACCGUACUACAAUGCGAUAGACGUCAGUGACUCUCGCCUUCGCUUCUACCAACAGUGGGGCUUUAAUGUUGUUCGUUUGGGUGUACUCUGGCAUCCAGCCUUCCCACUCGGUCCAGCCAUGCCCAAUGACACCUAUCUAAGAGCGAUUGAAUGGCAAGUGGAGAGGUUUGCCAGUGCAGGAAUCUACGUCAUUUUGGACAUGCAUCAGGACUCCUUGUCAACUAUGUUUGGUUCUUACGACGCGAUCCCACUGUGGUUGCUGCAAGCCUUCCCCAAACCGCCUCGCAUAUUUAAAUACCCCUGGCCAAUGUGUAAAACUCCGUCUGGCGAUUGGGAGGGCUACACCACCUUCGCUUGCCAAAUGGCCUUUCAGCAUCUCUACAACAACGAGACAAAUGCUUGGCAGCAUUGGGGAGACUUUUGGGUGGAGGUGGCCCGUCGGUUUCACAACCGAUCCAAUGUUUUGGGCUAUGAGUUGAUGAACGAACCGUUUGCGGGUAACAUCUACACAAACCCUCUUCGAGCCAUUCCAGGCUAUGCUGGCAGGCACAAUCUGGCUCCGGUCUAUGACUAUCUGGCGCGCCGCAUUCGCAGCGUGGAUGGAAAGAAGUUGAUCUUCUUUGAGGGUGUCACGUGGAGCGUGUACGCAGCGUCCAGCCUUGCUGGCUUAGGUGGACCCGGCUUUGAACACGUACCCGGAGGCAGCAUCGAUCCGCAGGAAUUUCGGAGAAGUGUCUUCUCCUAUCACUACUACUGUCCGUUGAUCGAGUUCGCCAACAUGAGUCGCAGCUUCGCUUCCCCUCUCCGCAUACUUUGUGACGAUAUCAUUAUGCCCAGAAUGUUCGCGUCGGUGAAGGCAACUGCUAGGCAAUUGAAAUGCGCACGAUUUUUGACGGAGUUUGGGACGUGCAAACCCGACGGAAACCCCCAUUCCAUCAACACAAUCGAGUGCAAUGCUGUCAUGAAUGGAGCGGAUGCACAGCUGCAGUCAUGGACUUACUGGAAUGCAGGGUUUUUCGAUGAGAAGGAGAUGCCUAUCGAAGACAAGGUAAAGCCAUUCGCGCGAGUGUAUCCGAUGCUGACUGGUGGCGCACCAAUAGCUUUGCACUUCGACGUAACUAGUGCCUCGGCGUUCUACGCCUUCGCCGCCACUGACUUGACUAUGCACCUGGCCAGAAGCGGGCAGCCCAUCGGCAACGUAUUUAUUCCUAUCGAUGUGCAUUACCAACACGGAUUCAACUUCGAAAUUAAUGUUUCUUCAGUUUGGUACAAUGCUUCACCUCACAAUAGCAAUCAAUUCUAUUUGUACGCGUCACCCGAUGCACUCAGUGAGGGCACCAUCAUCGGGCUAAACAUUCACGCCUCAAACAACACAACAUGCUAA